UCUCGCUUUAACCCGUGGAGAGGCUGUUCGUUGGUCGGACGGGGUUGCGCGCGCUCGCCUCCGUUUACCGAGAACGGGAUCCAGCAUCUCCAUCUUCUCCUCAACCGAGCCGAUGGGUCUUUGGAGUCAAGCCUAGAUGUGACCGUCAUGUUUUGGAUCUCUCCAUCCUUUAGAUAGAAAACAGAACCCCUGUUUCUAUAGAAACAGAAAUAAUUGACAAUUAUAAAACUAUUAUUCCUAAAAUGCACUCCUCUAGCCGAACCUUUGCUCCGCCCUUGAGGCCUCGUCGCAUCGACACGAGCAGGCGGACCACCACCGCAGCGGAACCAAAGCCACACGGCCCUGUUUCCCAGAGGGAAGACAAAAACAUGAACACCAUUUCCUCUUCCUCUCCUCGGCGCGCCACCAAAGCGACCCCUGAGUCUUCCAGGACCAGGGUGGGGGUCCAGCCUCGCGCUCCCUUGGGUCAGUCCAGAUUGGGUUUACAGAGAAACACAGCUCCCCUCUCUACGACCAAACCCAAACCCAAAAGUGUCCGUGCAGCAGCAGCUGUGUCGAAACGCGCCCCUCUUCCUCAUCCUCUUCCUCUUCUUCCUCAUCUGGACCCCAACUGUAAUGAACCCAGCCUGCCUUGUCUGUGCUGCGACGGCCAUUCCCCCCAGGACAAUAACAGUCUGUUCAACCACAACCACAACAACAACAAUACCAUCUCCAUCAGACAGCAGCUGAAGCUUCAGCCCCCUCCACCACCUCCCCUGCUACCCCAGAGACAGGAGGGGACAGGGGGCAAGACCAAGAAACAGGCCAGCCCCUCUCAGCCCAAGCCCCAGCCUCAGGUCCUGGCCCCGGCCUGCCCCCCUAAUGCCCUGGAACUGGAGAAAGGAAAAAAAGAUGAGGAGAAUGCAGAUGUUAACAAGAACACAGAUGUGGUCAUAGACAGCACGAAAGAAACGGAGGAAGAGAUGGACAACAAGAAAGAAACAGAGGAGGAAGAGGAAAACAGUGUGGAUGUUGAAGUUGAUGAUGAGGAGGAAGGAGAUGAUGAUGAUGAUGAUGACACGUUGGUCCCAUCGUGCUGCGACUGCCCUCCCUCUCUCCUGGAUCUCUCCCUGACCUCCUCCACCUCCUCAUCCUCCACUUCCAUCAGCUCCUGCUCCGAUCUGGAGUCAGACUGCGCCGAUCUCUCCACCUCUCUCUCGUCCUCUGGCCACAAGUGGAACGCUGAUCUGUCAAUCUCUCAGGACGACACUCUCAUUCACGUUCCUGAACGCUACCCAGCCUCCCGUUCACCCCCUGUCCUGCUCCUCAACCCCAAACCCCCCUCUGUCUCUCGUUGCCCUUCCCCCCCCCCACACGCCUGCUCCUCAGACGAGGGCUACCCCUCCGCCCCCGCCUCCCCCUCCUACCUGGGGGUCAAAGGUCAGACAGGCUUAGGGUCAGAGGUCGCCAGACUAGGCCUCCUGGACUUCCUGGAGUCAGUGGGAGACUUUGGAAAGAUGGAGCGCUUUAGCCAGGUGAUUCAGGUGGCUCGCUGGGACCUGGAGGGGGAUCCUCAGGGGGAUCUACUGAGGGAUCGACUGGAUCACCUGGACCGACUGGAGAGUGUCAAUAGGCAGGUGAAGCUGGCCCACAUCGCCAGGCUCCAUGAGAAGGGACUGGAUUUAGGAGAUCUGGGCAAGGAGGAUCUCUCUGAUGUUCUGGAUGAGAUGGGGAACGUGGAUAUGUCUUGGAAGCUGUAUAAGGGCCGGGGGGGGUCGUUGGGAGAUUCCCAGGAGUUCUCUGAUGCUGGAGUGGACCUGACAGCACCUUCAGACUGUGACGAGCCCCUGGUCUUACAAUCAGAGACCUCUUCGCCCAUAGAGCCCCCACCGAGACCCCCCAAACCCCCUGCCCGCUAUGCCAGCGUGAACUCUGAACUCCACACCUACAUCAACAUCAGCCGUGACAUCACCCCCUCCGUCUCUGUCUGCACCUCUCCAUCCUCAUCCCCCACUUUCUACACCUUCAGGUGUGAGAAGGCCCUCCCUCCUUCCCCACGCUCUGUUCCCCCUCCUCUUCCUUGUCAGCCCAUCACUUACAUUACUCUCUACAAAUCUUCCCCUCUCCCAUUCUCCCUCCCCUCCUCCACUCCCCCCAUCCCUCCCCCUCGGAGGAAGCACCUAGCCCGUAAGGAGGCUCAGCGUCUCGCCACCCUCCAAGCAGGAUGCGGGAAGACACCCCUGUCCCUCCCCCCUCCCACCUCUCGCCCCCCUCCUCUCCCCCCUGCCCCCACCAUUUCCAUCUCCAACUCCACCACUCCCCCUGCCAUCCCUCCCCCGCCCUCUCUCCCCCCUCCUCCCUCUUUCCAUGCGUUGGAUGAUGAGAUCCGUAAGCUACUGGUGCUAGCAGGACUGACCCAGGCUGAGCUCCUCAAACUCAGCCCAGAGCUGGGGGUUUGUGUGGGGGGACUGGAGGAGGAGGGAGAGACCCACCACACCUCCAGGCCUGGACAGACACAAGAUCUAGGGAUGAGGAGAAAAGAGAAGAGGGCUAAGGAGCAGUAUGAUAUAGAUGGGUUGGCUGUGGAUGGCUGGAGAGAUGGAGGAGGGAGGUCAGGGGUGGAGAGGGAUAGAGAGACUCAUAUAUGUGGAGGAGUAAAGGAGGAUGAGGGAGAGAAAGAGGAGAGCAGAGAUGUGUUUAGAACCACGUCUUUCACUGACAUGGCGAGAAGGAGGAAGAGAAACAGUGGGUUUGGGGCUAACGUUAGCCUAGCAUCUGACUCCUACUACAGCACUGGCAAUACCAACACCUCUAACAAUGUUAACUUCCAGACUUUCAAAUAUUCCCCUGUGCUCUCCGAAACCCCUCCCCCUCCCCCCCCGCGUCCCUUACCCCCUGCCCCCCCUACCCUGCCCUCCCUCAAGGUUUGCACCCUUCUCGCCAACUCUUUACGCCCUGAGCGAUUUGAUUGGCUCAUGGCUUUCUCCCCCGAUGGUGAAACCCUGACCCCGCCCUUGGAAGUUAGAAAAUCCAAUGAGGAAACCCUGAAGAAAUCUACUUCCGGGUCAACGUCGUCAUCUGGGUCAACGUCAGGGUCGGGUUCCAAAGUGAUGACCUUCAAGGAACUGCGUAACCGUAGCAAACACAGCUCCCCGGCCUACCAACUAAUAACUGAACCGGAUCCUGAUCCCACAGUCGUAACCCCUGACCCUGACUUCCUCUACAACCUCAAGUGGAGAAGGGAAAAGACGGACAGCGACGGAAUCCAAUGGGAGUACACCUCCCAGGCCCAGGCCACCUUCCUGCAACCACCUCCCCUCACCUCAUUGGCUGCUUUUAGGGAUAUGUUCCAGAAAGCAGAGGAUGCGAUUGGACAACCUGAGUUAUGUCCCUCGCAGCAGAUUGGGUGCUCAGCCAGUGAAGGGAACCUGUGGAGGAUGGAUGGACAGAGAAAAGAGGAGGGAGAAAAGAGGAAAGAAGAUGUAGAGGAAGAAGUGGUAGAGGAAGAAGAGGUGGAGGUGAGAGGAACAGCUGAUGGAGGAAGAACCUGGGAGUCAAGAACUACAGUGUCCUCACCACCUCUCUCCCUGGCCCACUCCCAGCCCUCCUCCUAUUUCCUCCACUCUGUAAUCCCCCCUUACCGCCCAGGAUACUGUGGUGCUCAUACGAGACCAGUCCCAAGGACAAGAACCCAAUCUCACAGCCACACGGUCCCUAACCCCUACACUACCCAGUCCACAGCCAUGGCCCCUAACCCCUACACUACCCAGUCCACAGCCAUGGCCCCUAACCCCUACACUACCCAGGCCACGGCCCCUAACCCCUACACUACCCAGUUAUCUAACCCCUUUGCUACACCAUACACUCACAAAGAUUUAAAUGAAGACAGCCAUGGAACUUAUUCUAAGAAUAAUAUUGAUUCUGGAUAUAGUGACUAUUUUAGGAAGGAUGGAGGCCUAGACUCUGCACAUCGUUUUGGAAAGGACUUCAAGAGCAACAUUGAUAGUUUGUAUCGUUAUGUGAAUGACUCCAAGACUAAAGAAAAGCUGGAGUAUGGCUUUGGCUCUGAAUCCAUCACUGACUUUGACUCCCUCUGCUGCACCGCUAACGUCACUGAUAAACAGCCUCAUACCGGCUCACACACACUCGUCAGCAAUGACACACACACUCAAGGCUGCACCACCCCAUAUAAAAACGUUGAUGCGAUGAUGAUGGCAUAUGCCAAAACACACACUGUCGGUUCCCUUGGUCGCACUGACACACACACACACACCUCUCGCCCUGGCCAGAGCAGAACCUCUAAAGAUCUCCCUCCCCUCCCUACCUGGUACCUCUACCACCCCAAAAACUGUCCCAUCCACAGGGGUGCCCCUCCCCGCCUCUCCCCUAUCGGGGCUCUCGACCCCCCCCAUCGCUCUGGAGCCCCCCCUCCGGGCCUGGACGCAUCAGCUCACUACCUCAGCUCACCCUUGUUCCCCCGCUCUCACACCCUCCCUGCCCUGGCCGCCCCCCUCUACUACCCCUUUCUCUACCCCCCUAUCCCCCCCAGGAAAACCUCAGACCCCCCAAAACUCAUCCAGGCUCCGCCGCUGCCGCCCACGCUGACGGUUCGUAGCGUCUCUUUCGCCGGCUCUGUACAGAGAGGCGGGACUUCCUGGAUGGGCGAUGACAUGAAGGCCCCUCUGAGAGGCCUAGGGCUGUCCUCUCUGUGCCUGCUGGAAAAAAGAGCUCUGGUCAGUGCAGUCAGUGUGGCAGUGGAGGCCAUUUUGGCUCAGUUCAGCUCCUCACGGACCCUGGUGCAGAAGGCCCUAUCAGGAGACAGCAGUGUGAAUCCGUCUCUGGGCCGGCUGGUGCUGCAGUGUUUGUGCCCCGCCCUGCGGAGCCUGCUCUCUGACGGCCUCAAGCCCCACCAGAGUGAUUUGAUCUCGGGCAGGAGGCCAAACUCAGCCUGGGGACUGGUCCAGGCCUCCACCAGGCCAGGUAGGAACUCUGGAGCGCAGUACAGAGGGCCCAGCACUCAGUCCCUGUACAACCUCCAGGCCAGAAUAGGAGAGCAGCCCCAGCUCCGGCAGAACAAACACAGGUUCAACGCCUUCCUCCUCGGCCUCCUCAACAUCAAGCUUAUGGAUUUCUGGCUGUCCCAUCUCCAGUCAUGCAGUGAUGUGUUGGUUACAUUCUACCGGCCCUCCUCCUUCAUGCGUUUGUCGUUGACUUCCUGCCAGCCUCUGUUUGAGGAGCUCCUCCUCCUGCUGCAGCCCCUUAGUCUCCUGACCCUUAACCUCGACCUGCUCUUCCAGCACCACCACCUGGAUCCAGCCAAUCACGGCCCAGAGAUCCCCAGCCCACCCAAUCAGGACCUGGGAUUCAGGUUCUCGCCCCGGGGGUCCGCUUCCCAAGGCAGGGGCAGCAGCUAUCUCGAGAGCCUAUCAGAGCUGGACUUUGGGAGAGCAGAACCCGAAGCGACCAAUCAUAAUGCGAGCUCGUCGUCCCUGGCCAACUCAGGGGUGGGAGGGUUGGUGGAGUCACUGAAGCCAGCGAGUCUCAGUGUGGGGCCUGCGAAGGUCUCUGGGGGUCUUGCGGAGACAAGUCCUCAGCUGAUGUGGGUUCAGGAGAAAGAAAUUAGGGAGCUAGCACCUCCUAAUGUUGAGGAGGCCAGUCUCUCUCAACAGGCAGGACAGGUGAUCCAGCAGGGAUGGGGGGCUGUGUUACGCUGGGGGGGCAAGCUGGGCCAGAACCUGUCUGCAGUACAGAACCAGGAGGGGACAUCCAGAGACCCCCCAGAGCCCCAGACCAGUACCCAGGCCAGGAGUGACCCUCCUCAGGUCGAUGGAGCAUUGGAGGUCCCCUGGGGUUUGGGACGGCUGUUUGGAGCCUCCAAUAACCCCACGAUACCCACACUUCCAACCAGACGUCCGUCUCAGUGGUUGUCUCCAGGGGUGUCUGUUCUGACACGGAUGGUGAGCAGCAGUUCCAGCGCUAACCAGAGGAGGGCGCUGGAGCCCCAGCAGGUGGAAGAGGUGGUAGAGAGAGAGAUGGAGGAGACAUGGGACAACCCAAGACCCCUCAGGUCAGUCAGAACACUAUGCGACCACUCUGGCACAGGGGCGGAGCUAAGCUUCCAGAAAGGGGAGGAGUUAGUGGUUUUAGGGGGUGUCGAUCACGACUGGAUUCGCUGUCGUCAGGGAGACCGAGAGGGGCUCGUACCCAUUGGCUACGCCUCACUGAUCCUGUGAUUUCAGACACCUGAUCAGAGUUUUGAUUGUUUGAAUAUAUCUGGGGGAGGGAAAAUGAAGUCAUAAAGCUAUAGUGUAUUUUGGCAACCAUAGAGAGGCUGUGGCGAAGUCCCAAUGCUCUCAGAGAAAUAGUUCACCCCCGAAUCUAAGUUCAAAUCACAUUUUUAUAUCUCUAAAGUGGUCCAAAGUCGUAUGUCACGGUUCCCCAACUGGCGGCCCAUGAUUUUAUUUGGCCCCCAAGUUUUCUGAGCAAAGGGUUAGGGUUACUUGUUGGACAUAAAAUACUAAAAUCAGUAAAUGUUGGAAAUCUGUUCCAAAGUAUUGGAGUAUACACAUAGAGAGAGAUGUGAUCGUUUACAAAUCUAAGCAAGGUUUGAAAUGAUUAUAUUUUAGUCAAAUGUUAUAUCUGUUUGGGCUUCUUGCGGUCAAUUUGCAUCUACAAAUGAUUUGUGAUUAUGUUCCAGCCCCCUGACGUUCCGUGGCUGAAUCUAGUUGAUGAUCUCUGGUCCAAGUGAUUUAGUUCAGUCCUUACGCUGCACCAUCUGUUGUGUAGAUCCCACUGGUAGAAAUCUGCAAAACUCAAUCCCUAAACAACUGUACCAUCUAAUGCCAUCUAAUUAGGGGGAUUUAAUGAAGAUUUAAAUUAGCUCACCAGAUGGUGUGGAAUAUGGACCCAGCACGACUUCAGACCACUUUUGAAGUGUGAAAACUUCAGACAAACACUUAUCUUGGUGUGGACUAUCCCUUUAAAUGUCCUGCAUUCAUCAUCUCUCUUUGGUGACCACUGAUCUGAGAAGGAUAAAGCUUUGUAGAAUUCUAUUCAUAGGUUGCACCUCAGUCACAUGGUGCCAAGCAGCCAUCGGCGGUGCACUAAAGUGGUGAUAAGCCCAGUCGUAGUUUAGUCGAAAUUACAAUAUAGUGCUUGUGGAAAUAAGGUGACGUUGCUAAAGUAGUCAAAUAUGUAGUAGGAAACAACUUUCCCAGCAUGAUAAUGUCGUCAAAUGUACUUUAGACAGAUGGCAACGUCAUCAUCUAGCAAAAUUCGGCAAAAAUAGCUAGCAAAGCUGACGUUAGCUAGUCACAUUCAUGUGGCCUCUGUUACGGAGUCAAUUUAAGCUAGUUAGCUAAUGUUAUACUGCAUCUAAAGUCUAUCUGGUGACAUCAAAAUGAUGACGAAAGAUUUUCCCAAUAAUUAUUUGACUGUUUUUGAAUGUUAUUGUAUUUCCAGGCCACUGAAAUGCACUUUCGAUGAAAUCUUCAUCCGCGCUUAUUGACAAUGCAUUCAGUAGAAUGCUCAGUCGGGCAUCAGUCCAAACGAACGUUAAAACAAUAUUGUGACGAAACAUGCAACCAAUGCAUUCAGCUUAUCCAGACACUUUCAGAUCAGCAGUCACUAUGGGAAGAUUUAUAGCCUGGUAGCCAGGUUUCUGCUCUAGCCAACUCCUUAGUCAGACCCAGACCUUGCCGCUAGGCUAACCGGUGAAGGGAGCCAUGGUAGAGUAUUGGAGCGUAGCCACUGUUACGUAACGUAGUACCAUAGUGAAAUGUAGCUGUUUUCUGUGUUCUAUUUGACCUUUCACCCCUAUUGAUCUCUCACCUCUUUCGCUUGGUCUCUCUGUGUGUGUGUGUGUGUGUGUGUGUGUGUGUGUGUGUGUGUGUGUGUGUGUGUGUGUGUGUGUGUUUGACAUGUUCCCACUUCAAUUAAUAGUCAGUUUAAAAAGGAUAACUAUUUGACUGUAUAAAUAUACAUACUAAAUAUAUAGGUAUAUGAAUAUAGAUGAAUUUAACCAAGAUAUAUUUAACUGAGAUAGAUAGAUAGAUAACCAAGAGAAAACAGAUAAUCAAACGUUACUAUAGAUAAGGUUGAUCAUGAAUCAAAUUGAUAAGUGAUCUGGCCUUUUAUCCCCAACUCACCAGUCACUACUCUAUAGUCAUUAUACACACGGACAGCUCCAGUGUUUUUGUCAAUUAUUGGAAUCCAGUGGCUUCAUCUUAGUGUGUGUUGUAUGCAUUGUCUUGACUUCAUAUCCUUCAUAUCUUCAUCAUAACCUGAUCGAUUUAGUCACAUACCUUUACACUGUAUUUAUUGUAUAAUGAAUGCUUUGAGUGAAUGCAGCAGGGUUGGGCUCAAUAUGGCAGUCAAUUCAGGAAGUAAACUGAAAUUCCAAUUCGAUGAUUGAAAUAGGGGCCUCUGUUUUUAAUGACUUCUUUAAUGAAUUGAAAAGGAGAAGCUAUUUAUGUUUUUUAAUUAGCUGAUUUUAAAUUCAAAUCACUUCCUGAAUUGGCAGCCUUCAAUUCGAAUUGAGCCCAACCCUUGAAUGCAGAAGAGUAUCUAUCUAUAUGACACAUAUCUAUCUAAAGGACAUUCUAGUAUCCAACAGUAUAUAAGUAUAACUGGCAUAGCAAUGCUGUAACUUCAAUCAGUCCACACCUCUUAAACCUCACUAACACAUACUACUCCGUGCUUAUGGAAAAUCAAUGCUUUGAGACAGACAGAUAAACAGACAGACAAACAGACAGACAAACAGACAGACAAACAGACAGAUGAACAAACAGAUGAACAAACAGAUGAACAAACAGAUAAACAGACAGAUAAACAGACAGAUAAACAGACAGAUAAACAGAUAAACAGACAAACAGACAAACAGACAGAUAACAGAUAAACAGACAGAUAAACAGACAGAUGAACAAACAGAUAAACAGACAGAUAAACAGACAGACAAACAGACAGAUAAACAGUCUGAGGGACUUGAGACCUGUCUCUUUCUACUCAGCCCAGGGAUGAUCAACUCUAGUCUGGUUACUUUUCCUUUACCUCAUAGAUCAAUUAGUAUCUUUGAUUCCCCAGAUAUUUAACUUUACUGGUUACCUGGGCGUUACUAAGUCUGACUACAAGUUAAUUCAAAAGGCUACUGAGACCAGUAGACAAUGUGGGUUUCCAGGGCCAUAGUUGUACGUUCCUGACCGAGACUAUCCAAGCUUUCAGAUGAAGCAGUAAGCUACUUCCUGAUGUACCGUAUGUGUAUGAAGAUACCACGACUGUCAAGCUUAUGUGUUUGAGGAAGAGGCUGCCCUUCCCCCAACCGUACCUCAGCUCUCAUAUGUUCCUUCUUUCCCUACCUGUCAUGCUAACCCGUGUAAGGUCAUCAUUUUAAUACCGUAGUAACGAUGGUGGUAGUAGAAUAACGUUAAAUUAAUCAUGUUUAUUACUAUGUUUAUCUUCUGAUUUGGUUGGUAGUUAUUCUGUAGGCUUGGUAAUGAUGAUGCAUAUGAUGUACUUCUCAAAGGCUUCUGGUUUAAAGGAACUGUUUGUUUGCUGUUUUUUUUGUUUUGUCACUUGCUGGUGACAUGGCGCUUCUUGAAGAGUUCAGGUUACUUGAGGAAUGAACAAUAAAACAUAUUACCCAUAAAUUCAAAUUCAAUGGGAAUAUCGCUCUUUUGAUUGGUCAGAAUUUUUUUUAAAGGUUACCAUGCCAACAAGCCAAGUGUUGUAGCACAGGGUUAGUGUCCCUAUGACAACCCUAUGACAACAUUAGAUUGGAAACAUUGUAACUUUGCAAUUGCAUUACACAGGCUACUUUACCAAAUCUUCCACCAAAUGCAAUGGUAUGGCACUGGCUAGUAUGUCACCAACCUAACUAACUAAUCCAAAUCGCUGCGUGACUCAAGACAAUGUGUAGCUAGAAUAGAUGUUUACCAACCGUGGAGCCACUGUGUGUCAUGGCCAGUCACACUAAACCCCUGGUUUUCUAAAGGCUUUAGCUGGGUCACGGCAUCAAAACAAGCUAGACAACUACUUUCUUAGGCCUGUAAACUGACAUGAGUCGUUUUAGAGCUAUCUAUAAUGUAUUUUAAUUACAGCUUGUAGUAAAUUAGGCUGUAUGAGGGAGGAGCUAGUUAGUGUCAGCAAGGCCCACCAUUCAAUGUGCCAUGCCUAGAUGCAGGUGAAGGGUAAACCUAACUUCAGGAAAUACACAUGUCUGUGACGGUAACAAUCUCAGUAUGUUGACAUGGAUUUUAUAGUUAUUUUUUGUCGUUGAUUCGGGUAUAUUUUCCAUUGUGUGAGAUGAUCCAUGAUAAAUACAUUGAUUUGUAUGAACAGUUGUACAUUUAUUGGAUGUGGUAUUUAUUGACCCUGGAGUCCCUGAAAGGUAUAUACCUCUGUUGUAUUUGUCCCCUCACGUCUAUCUCUCUAUCUAUCUGGGGUUUUGUGUAAAUCACAGGAGGUUGGUGGCACCUUAAUUGGGGAGAAAGGGCUUGUGGUAAUGGCUGGAGCGGAAUAUGUGGAAUGGUAUCAAAUACAUUAAACACCUGGUUGCCAUGUGUUUGAUGCCAUUCCAUUUGCUCCGUUCCAGCCAUUAUUAUGAGCCGUCCUCCCCUCAGCAGCCUCCACUGGUGUGUGUGUGUGUGUGUGUGUGUGUGUGUGUGUGUGUGUGUGUGUGUGUGUGUGUGUGUGUGUGUGUGUGUGUGUGUGUGUGUGUGUGUGUGUGUGUGUGUGUGUGUGUGUGUGUGUGUGUGUGUGUGUGUGUGUGUGGGUGUGUGGGUGCGUGCACGUAUGUGAGAGCGAACGAGCAUGUGUCUGUGUGUGUAGCAGUGGGUUCUGUAUCCCUCUGGUGUGAUGUAGCCUGCCCUGUACCUCACUGUUCCAUAGUGUACUGUGUCCCUGUAGCGCCAGUCAGUGUCCGACUCCCGCAUGUGCUUGUUUGUAAAUACCCAAUAAAUAAUCAACAUAAACCAAA